AUGAAGCUUAUACCAAGAAGCAAGAAGCAAACCGUUAAGCCCUCCUUUCCAGAAUCGUUGGCUCAAGCCGCUAAGAAGGCUGCUCUCAAGGGUGUUCACAGCAAGUCCGUUCGCAAGAUCCGUACUACUACCCACUUCCACCGCCCUCAAACCUUGGUCUUGAAGCGUGCUCCCAAGUAUGCUCGCAAGUCCGUUGCCCAUGCUCCUCGUAUGGAUCAGUACCGUAUUGUUCGUCAACCCCUCAAUACUGAAACUGCCAUGAAGAAGAUUGAAGAACACAACACUUUGACCUUCCUUGUUGACAUCAAGGCCAACAAGCACCAAAUCAAGGAUGCUGUCAAGAGACUUUAUGACGUUGAAGUUGCCAAGGUCAAUACUCUCAUCACUCCCGUUGGUUUCAAGAAGGCUUUCGUCCGCUUGACUGCUGAUGUUGAUGCUCUUGACGUUGCCAACAAGAUUGGUUUCAUUUAA